CCUAUGAACGGCUGCUCCUUGUUGACGUUCUCAACCCAGUGGCUUCCUAGGUUUUGUGAAUUCAGUUCCCCUAGUCCCAGAGAAUAAGAUCCCUGGUCCAGGAGAUCAGGAUAGAAGGCAUCUGGAGGGCUUCCAGGUUUUUUCCCUUGUUGUGUCUUGGUUGAUGAUGUCCCCUUCGCUCCUUCCCUUGCGGCUUGGCUGCCGAAAGGCUCUGGAACCUUCCGAGGGUUUUUUGGAGGUGGCCAGUUGCGUUGUCUUCUUUGGCCAGGACUUCUUGAUGGGCCCCUGCAAAGGGGAAAGGAAAAGGAAGAUGCCUCUUCUGAUCUUCCAGAUGUUGCGCUGAAUCACUCAUGGAUCCGCUUGCUCUUGAUUUGCUUGCUUGGUGUGAAGUGCGAUGGAAACAAUGAUGGCUUGUAAACCGUGUUGAAGGCUGAGUUCCCACGAACGAGGGCAGCCGGUGGUUGAACCCGUAAGGCUGAGCUAAACGUGGCUUGUGAAUGAAGCCCCCAGUUGAGGAGGCAGCUGGUGAAAUUUUCAGGGAGGCGCUUGAGAACGAACAUUUUCAUCUCGAAGUUGCUCUGCCCCCAGAAAAGACAGAGGGAGCGUGCAGUGGCGAUGAAAAGAAAGCCGAAAAGGAAACCGAUGGCCGCGCAAAUGCCAAGAAGCAGCUAAAAUUUGAGGAAUUGCAGUGCGAUGUGUCUGUUGAGGAAGACAACAGGCAAGAAUGGACCUUCACUCUCUACGAUUUUGACAACAACGGCAGAGUCACCCGUGAGGAUAUUACAAGCCUGCUUCACACCAUCUAUGAAGUUGUGGAUGCUUCUGUCAAUCAUUCACCCAACUCUAGUAAAACGUUGAGGGUUAAGCUCACUGUGGCUCCAGAUGGGAGCCAAAAGAAGAGAAGCAUCACGCUGAACCACACCGAUCUUCAAAGCUCAAGGCAUCGAGCAGAGAGCAAAGCUGGUGAAGAAGCAAGAAGUUGUGACAAGAAGCCAAGGGGUUCCCUCAGGAACCAUCAUGGAGAAUCCAAGCCUGAACCGAAUGGAUGCUACCAUCACUGCGUUGAUGAAAACAUCGAAAGGAGGAACCACUAUUUAGAUCUCGCAGGAAUAGAAAACUACACAUCGAAGUUUGGGCCAGGCUCUCCCCCGAUCGCUCAGAAGCACAAUCCAACUGUUCGGGUUGCCAAUCAAGCGAGAUCCCGUUCCCAUGAGCCAGAGGUCUUCCACGCCCACCAGCGGAGGUCCCCCGUGGUGGAUCCUGCCCAUAUCAACUUAAUGGAAGCUUCCUAUGCGAAGCUGGCAGAAAUUCAGCAGAGGUUGAGAAGUCAAGAGGCCGGCAGGCAUUUUGUGAAGUCUCCCAAGGCUCAAAGCAAAAACACGGCUUCUGUUCACACCGGAAGGGCGAUGAGAAGUAAACCCCUCCAAGGAGUACCGCUCCCCGUGGCUUCUCCUACUGCGCGGAUAAGCCAGAACCUACCUUACCACCCCAUGCCGUCUCAGCAGACUUACAAGAAGCAUAAGCAGAGGGCAAAAGAGACUCACCAAGUUUGCAAAAGCUUCCAAGCUCCUGGGACAGUGGUAGAAAAAGAGCACGUCAGAGAUCUGCCUGCGGUCAUCUUGUAUGAAGGCCAAGUUGGGCAGAUGAUCCAGAGACACGAACACCACCAUCAUCAUGAGCACCAUCACCACUAUCAUCACUUCUACCAGACAUGAAAUGGACUUCUCUCCCAUUCCACCUUUUGGGAAGUUCUCCCACCCACGAAGGAAGGCACGUUUGUGGCCUCUUGGGGGGGGGGGUUUAAAAAAAAUUGGUGUUGUCCUUCUUCAUGUUAGUAUUGUUGCUAUAACAUUAAUAUUCUGCUAAAGCUAUUUUAGAACUUGUAUGAAAAACACUAAAAAAAAAUAAUAACGGUGAUGAUGAUAAUAAUAAUAAUUACCUAACAUUAUUUAUAUUAUGUGGAACUGUAUCACUUACUUUAAUGACUUGUGGUUUUUAUUAUUUUGGAAAGAAUUGGCUUGUUCAACACACCCACACACACACCAGUGGUUGGAUUCAACCGAUUGACUGAGGUCAGUAUAGCUCAGGGGCGGGCAGGCGGGCCCAGCUGGUCGUCAGAGCAAACCUGUUCACUCUUGGCUGAUCUUCGGAGCUACCGGUUCAGGCGAACCAUCUGAAUACCACCUCUGACACACACGCGUAAGAAAACAGCCAUAGAUAUCCUUAUGGGAAUCUUCACGUGAACUCUUUGUGUAUUUGGAGAACACAUGAAAGAGUGCAAGGAACUAGUCCACUCCCAGAAAUGUACAUUUCAAAUGUCAUCAGAAGUUUGUGAGACGUUCUCCGUGGUCAUGUGUGAAGACCUGUUACGUUCAAGGAGAACUACACGUUGCCUCUUUGAGCCUAGAUGUUCUCUAAGCAAAACUUUGGAGAACUUUCUACCCAUGGUGUUAAGAGGUGUGUGGGAUUCUGAUGGUGGGGAUCGGUAGUUGGACAUACACCUUGAUUCAUACAAAGCCCCCUAUGGUGAGCUGUGUUUAAAAUCUUAAGAGACGCCAUUGAAGCAAGCUUUCCUUUGUGAUAUUGGAAAAGAGGCUUUGAACAAAUGGUUAGAUGCCUAGUUUAUUGCACAGGUUGGCUUACGUCAUGCAAACCUGUCAGCAAUUUCAAAAAUGCAAAAUAGUUGCUACCUCUUGGAUAAUUCAAAACUUCUUAUUUGAUUGAAUGUGUUGCCGGAAAGGAAGGGCUGAUGGAAUCAGAGAAGGAUUUUUUUUUUUUACUUGAUUGCAUUCAUGUAGCCUGCUACUAUUUUACUACUCAUCACUUUGUUAGCUAUCCCUUAAUACUAGUGAUGAGGAAACGAUUCACGUUGCUCAUCAAAAAAGCUACGAUGUCCAAACUUUUAUUAUUUCCAUUAUUUUUUUUAAUGGCCACCUUUAUAAGUUAGGUCAUUUUAAACAUAUUUUCUUUUUUCUUGCCAUAUUGCCCUAUCUUUAGAUUAGAAGGUCUGUAGGAAUUUGUGGUGUUCAGGCAACAGAAAAGCAUGAUCAAUCUUAAAUUAACACAGGAGACCAUCUCUGCUGCUUGCCACUACUCGUAACAAUAGCUAGCGAGGGUCUCCUGGUAUCUUAAGGUACUUAUGGUUUAGGAGAGCAUGUAUGUAGCUCAGGAUUGACCUGUGGAGUCCUUGAUGAUGAUCUUCGGUCAUCACCAAGGAUCUCAUGGUUCUUAUGGUACUAGAAGUUUGGUGGCCUUCCUUUUCAGUUGUUGCUCUGAGAUGACAUCAACAAGUGACUUGCUCUUAGUUUCAGAUAACUUCUGCUGGUCUUUUCAAAGUUCCCCCCACCAUCAUAUUCUCAGAUGAGACUAAAGAUCGGAGUCAGAAUGACCGGAGGUUUGUUAUAAAGACUAACAGUGUAUUAUAGUCAACAAAAUGACCAGGUUCACGAGUUUCCUUUCUCAGGCCAUAAUCCAACCGAUCAUGGUUUAGGAUUCUUCUCCACCCAACUCCUAUUUCUAUGUUCAACCAUUCUUAUUUCACUUGUGAAAUGGAAGUAAGGCUGUAUGACAAAGAGCCUACUACACCUUCCUUUCUCACCACUACUCUUGUGAGAUCAUAAGGCCCCAUGGCGGCCCUAAGGAAGAGCCAACAUCACCUCUUCUCCCCACUAUAAAUUAAGAGUAGGCGCAGAGUAGGUGAAAGAGAAAUGAAAUUAAGUCUGACCCUCAAAUUACACAAGGGCCUUUUUGUUUUGUGUUGUUUUGCUUUGAGCUUUACAAGACAGUGACAAGGGGCUCUGGAUUCCUCUCUCCUCCUCCCUCCACCCCCCCCAUUUCCUCUGUCUAUAUAACCUUGAUUUUUAACACACACACACACACACACACACACACACACAUACACCCCAGCAAGAAAUCAAAAAGGGAUUUUCUUGUUGUUGACUACUCGUGUGUAAUUAUUUUGAAAACAGUAUGCAAUUCUGGGUUAUGGUUGUUGUUUUUAAGGUUGCUGUUUAUGUUUACAAAACGCUGAAGUGUUAUUAGAGUAUAUUUUUAUUUUUAACAACAACAACGAAUCUGUAAAGCUGAGAUUUUACCAUCCCGGCCUCCGAUUUUGGUCCAAUCCAAAUGUCAGGUUACCCUUUGCAAAGACAGAGUGUAACGUUUGCAGAAGCGUUGAAUAGAUGAAGCUGACGCAACGCAAGAUCAGAUGGCUUUGAGGGCCGAGACCAGAAGUAUUGGUUAAUUAGCAUUAGUCUCC